AUGAAGGAUGGUUCGUGUAGUAAAUUUUUCCCAAAGUCAUUUAAUUCAGAGACAACAGUUGAUCAGUUCGGGUACCCAGUUUAUCAAAGGCGGGAUACAGACAUUACAACGACAAAGGGCAAGACAACUCUAGACAACAGAUUUGUCGUUCCACAUAAUAGAAAUUUAUGUGUUCUCUUUCAAGCACACAUAAACGUUGAAGUUUGCCACCAUGGAAAGUUGAUCAAAUACCUCUUCAAAAAGAGGCAGCGUGUUGACAACAUACUUGCUAGAACUACCGUUGAAUCAACCACACUAACACAGUGGUUCAAGCUUAAUCAGAGAGACCCAACUGCAAGAACUCUUUUGUACGUUGAAACACCAAACAAGUUUACUUGGAUUGCUAAGGAGGAAGAUUGGUCUCCACGAAAACAAGGCUUCUCGCUUGGUCGAAUGCCUUACAUUCAACCUGGUUCUGGCGAUACAUUCUACCUCCAGCAUCUACUGACGAAGAUUCGCGGCGCCCAAAGCUUCAUGGAUCUUCGCACUGUCAACGGAGUGGUUUGUAAGAACUUCCAGACAGCAUGCCAAAAAAUGGGACUACUUGCCAAUGAUGACGAAUGGCUGUUGGUAUUAACAGAAUUUGGACAGUGGGGAAUGUCCAGCCUGUUCAGGUAUCUGUUCAUUUCAAUGAUAAUGUUCUGCCAGCUCUCUGAUCCUCACACUUUGUUUGGUAAGACAUGGCAACUGCUGGCUGAAGACAUUACAUAUAAAUGCCAAAAAAAUGCUAGAUUCAGUGGUGAGUUGAUACCUACUGAACUCCCUCAAGACAUACUAUUACAUGAGUUGCAAAGGAUGUUUGAUGCUUAUUCAAGUUCCCUACAACACUUUGGACUUCCACUUCCGACAACAGAAGUGCACAAUUUUCACACAUAUUGUUCACCACAAUUGGGAACCCAGGAAGCAUCAUCAUCUACUAACUCAAAACAGGCUCCUGUCUACAGAGAUUUAAAUCCACAGCAAGCAGCUGCAUUUGACAAGAUUAUCGCAUCUGUCUCAGGUGGCAAAGACACGUUUUUCUUCUUAUAUGCCCAUGGAGGGACGGGCAAGACGUUCCUAUAUAAAGCUCUCGCAGCUGCAAUGGAUGAACUUAUUCGCAAGGUCCUUAUUUUCGCAUCUUCUGGAAUUGCUGCUACGCUACUGCCAAAUGCAGUUACCGCGCAUUCAAGGUUCAAAAUUCCUUUAGAAGUUGAUCAGAACUCAACAUGUAGUGUGCAUAAAGUGGCUGAAGCAGAUCUUAUUAUAUGGGACGAGGCUCCUAUGAUCCACCGAUUGGCGUUUGAGGCUGUUGAUAGAACUCUUUGUGAUAUUAUGAAUGUGCCUUUCACGGGAAAAGGGUACAAGCCAUUUGGUGGCAAAACUGUUUUGUUGGGAGGAGAUUUCAGGCAAACACUGCAUGUAGUACCAAAUGCAGGUAGAGAGGAAAGUGUUGAUUCAUCUCUAACACGAUCAUAUCUUUGGAAGUACUGUGCUGUACUACAUCUGUCAAGAAAUAUGCGCAUCACAUCAUCGCCUAUCAACCAGCAGCCAACAUUUGCUUGCAUGACUUUUGCGGAUUGGACACUAAGCGUAGGAAAUGGACAGAUUCCUGCUACAAGCUUCAGCGUCAACCAACCUGCAGACUGGAUUUCCAUACCAUCGUGUUUUCUUCUUGAUCCGAGCUCUCAACCAACGGCAACAAUAUGCGACGAAAUAUAUUCAGACUUCUCAGCAAACUACCACCAUGCAGCUUACCUCAUAGACAAAGCAAUUGUAACCCCGACAAACAAGAAUGUCACUAAGAUAAACAAACAUAUGAUGAAUAGGGUGCGGGGAAGGGUUCACAGUUACUUCAGUGCAGAAAAAAUCCACUCAGAUUCAAAGGAUUCUGCACGGCUCGAGGUUGAGUACCCUACUGAGUUCCUAAACACUUUAGCUUUCAGUGGCUUUCCUGAUCAUGAAAUUGAGCUGAAAGUUUUUUCACCAGUGAUGUUGCUAAGAAACCUAAACCCAGAAAUAGGUUUGGGCAAUGGCACUCGAAUCAUGGUCACCUACCUAAUAACAUAUGUAAUCAAGGGACUCAUCAUGGGUGGUGCAUAUGCUGGAAAAGUUGUCGCAAUACCAAGAAUUGUUGUCAACAUCGACAAUCAAAAGUGGCCUUUCAUGCUAAAACGCAGACAAUUCCCGGUAAGACUUUGCUAUGCAAUGACUAUCAACAAGAGUCAGGGACAGACUUUGACCCGUGUUGGUGUCUUUCUCCCAAAGCCGGUUUUCAGCCAUGGACAAUUGUAUGUUGCUAUUUCAAGGGUUAGGUCUGCAGAAGGGUUAAAGUUUCUUAUCCAAAAUGAAGACCAUAUUCCUCUGGGGUAUACAAGGAACAUCGUAUACAGCGAAACAUUUGAUUCACUCGGGGGUGCAUCGCUAUGUAUACCUCCAACUGCUAUUAGGUUUGCUUCUGGAAAUGAUUUAUCAACUUUCAGUGUGUAA